GUGCUGUCAUCGCUGCGUGUGAAAACAGUUGCAAAAAAGCGCGAGGACGGUCCGUAACAUACGCGAAACUUAUGCUGUGAAACUGUGAAAGGAAGCGUUUGCGUGCAGGCAGUUAGGAAGACGAACCGUUUUUCUUUACAAUCGUACAGCAGUAUGGAUCGCACGUUUUCGUUUGGCGGUGGCCCGAUCAAGAAUAGUACCAUGUCCCGGUCGCGACAAUCGCUCGGCGGCUCACUGUUUUCGGGCGGUGCACGAUCAACCAACACAAGCACGUUUGCACGCCAAGGCUCGGGCCGUUACAGCUUAUCGUCCCGGUCGAACGUGUCCACGCUACGCGUGGUCGCCAAAUCGGAGUACAACAUACUCGAAUCGUACGGCUUUUCGCUGCCGGUGCAGGUGACCGAGGUGCUUACGUUCAACGAGCGCAGCAUCAACGUGUCGGUAAACUACGGCCAGAAUGGCUGGGCAUGGUUGGUGCAAGGCCGCCGGCUGUUCGUGUGGCAGUAUCGGGACAAUGUGGGCCAAAAGUCAGCAGGCAGCGGGUUUGGCGGGGAGUCCUUCGCUACCCCGAGGCGCCCGUACGCCGGCCAGUGCCGUCAGCUCACCCUGCCCCACUGUGAUAUCGGCCACAAGGCAACGCUGGUGGCGGUGUUUGUGAACGAGGGCCAACAGAUGGCUUCCUGUCUGGCCGUGUCGCCGGCCGGCGACGUGCGCUACUGGCAAUCGAUCGCCCACGACGGAUCGUCCAUCGACGAGUGCAACAUUCUGGAAGGGCAAGAGUUCGAGCAGCUGGUCGGGCUCGGUGGGCAGGAGUUUGUGCUUGCCACGACCACGUGCAGCUUGAUGCGGCUGAAUGUGCAUCUGCAGAACGGUCGGUACGUGAUAGUGCCGCGGCUGAUCAAGCCACCGUCGGGCUUUUUCGGCGGCAUCGGCAAACGGUUCGCGUCCAUCAUAAUCGGAAUGAAUAGCGGUCAGGAUAGGGAAAAUAAACUGGUAAAAAUGAGUUGCGAAAAAAUCUCCCACAAUCCCACCGAAUGGCACGUUACCGUGCUGGCUGACCGGUGGAUUCAGCGGUGGGCAGUGCAACCACAGAACGGCAUCGAGCGCUUCCUAAGCGAGGACGCUGACAUUAUGAAGAAAAUGCGCGACUUUUUCCACCAAAAGCUUUGGAGCACGCGGGACGCGUCGGAGAUUGAGUUGUGGGCCCUGGACAUGCAGCCGACCGAUCGGGGCGUAAUCAUACUGGCCGCGGCCGUCAAUCAGCAACGCUCCCAGCAGGUAUACUACGCGCUGAUGACGGUAAUCUACGAAGCGGACAGCACCUUCACCCUGAAGGACACCACCGUCAUGCGCUACAAAGGGUUUUACAGUGCGGAGCGUUUGGCGGAGCUGAUCGAUUUUCGGUUCAUAGCGAAUCGUAGCAUUGCCUACGUGUACAACGAUCGAUGCAUUUUCCCCGUCGCACUGAACGACCCCGGUACGGGAAGCAUCGCCUCCACUGUCGGUGGGUCUGGCGGUAGCGAUGGCGGUAGCAGUCCCCCCACAUCGGGCUCUGGAGAGGACGUGGAAAAAAUCGAAUUUCACGCCCGGGAAGAUAUGAUCCUGAUGGGCAAUUGCUUUCAAAACAUGCCCCUAUUCUUCUCCCGCCUCAACGGCAUGGUAAUCGUCACGCCGUCCGAUUUCGAUCCGAGCGAUAUGUUCAACUCGUCCGUUUCGUCCGACAUGUUCAACCCGAACGGCUCUUCCAUUGCGGACGCGACCGUAUUUAUGCAGCAGUCGAUCUUUGCUCCCGCUACGACCAAUGCGGGCAAUUUGAUCCUGUACGAGCUGGACCCGGAAGAGAUCGCCAACACGCCAACCGAUGGGCCGGACGAGCUGGACCCGGUGCACCAGCUGAAGGCGGCCUUCAUCUAUCACAUCAAGCGCAACACGGUGGCGGCGGAUGGGCUGAUUGCCAGCAUGCUCGAGCUGCCCGGCCAGCGCGAACUGGUGGACGGCGAGCUUGACCGCACGGUGCUGAAGAUUGCGAUCGACCUGGCGCAGGAUACACCGGCGGCCGAUCCGCGCUGGGAGGUUACCGACAAGCAUGCGCUCGGUUCAUCGACCUCGAUGCAAAUCAUUCAGCAGCUGCGGGAGAAGAAUGUUGCCUACACGCAGUUCAUCGAGUUUCUGCACAGCCGCAAGCUGUGGGACCGUUUGAAUGCGGUCACUAGCGGCGCCGGAGCGGGAACGGAGGCAGGCAAUGCCCGGCCAACCUCGCUGUGUCUGGCGGACAUUGGCGAGAAGAUAGUGGCCACGAUUGGCAUCAAAUGUCUGCAGAACAGUCACUCGCGCAUCAUCGACGAAGCGAUCAAUCUGGUGCUGCGGCAGUCGAACCGCACCGUACCGUUUCCGAACCUAACGCCGCAGGAUCUGUUUUACGCCCAGACGAACCGCGUAGAGGAGCUGUUCAAGGUGCUGAGCGAGCUGGUAGAUGGGUAUGUGCAGCAGGAGCUGACCGCGCUACAAAUACAGUCGGCCCUGGUCGAGGUGAACACGAUCGUGCUGACCGUGCUGCAGGAGGUGGUCAAGUAUCGGGAAUCGAAGGCGGGCACGUUCACCGUGCGCGAAGAGCUGCAGAAGCGCUACGAGCAGAUACCUUGGACGGCAAUGGCCGGUAAGCACGGUUUGCGGGACGUGCUGCUGCAGCUGAUUAGCUGCACGCUGCGCCACGGUGUGAAGGGGACGGCCGAGCCGGAGUUUCGCAUGAAGCAUUUCAAGCACCUGACUGAACUGAUCGACUAUGUGCUGGAUGGCCGCAAGACCUAUCUGGAGAGUGUCCAUGACGAGGAGAAGUAUGCGGUGCUGCUGCAGCAGUACGAAUCGCAGCGGAGCGAUCUUAUUUAUCCAUUGGUGGAAGCGGAACAGUACGAGAUGGCGGCCAAACUGGCGGAAAAGUAUCUCGACUUCCAGACGCUGGUGGAAAUAUGCGACAAAACCAACAACCAGGAACGGCUGGACGAGUAUAUCGAGCGCUACAAAGAGCACGACUUCUCGCAGUUUGCCAUCAGCUGGCACAUGAACCAGAACAGGCAGGGCGACAUACUGCUGCGCUUCAAAAACAACCAGUCCGCGUUGGCCCGGUUCCUGGUGGACCAUCCGUCGAUGGCCUGGAUACAGCUGCUGUUCAACGGCGAGAUUGCGCAGGCGGCCGACGUCCUGCUUUCGCUGGCCCAGCGCGAGAAGGAGCUGUUGGCGCGCAAACGAGCGAUGCUUUGUCUGGGCAAGCUGUGCCUGCUGGCGGCGGAAGGCGACACGUUCCAGGGCCAGAUCGAUGCAAUCAAUGCGGAGCUGGAGCUGAUCGAUAUACAGGAAAACAUUCCAUCGGAAAUUUUGGAAAUGUUCGGUUAUGAUACAAAGCACGCGAAGGUGCUAACGCCGGAGGAGAUUGUUGAUCUAUACAUUGCCGAUGAGUACAGCAAAUCGAGCGAGAAAGAGUUCCGCUACGCGCUUUCCCUGCUACCGUACGUGGAAGAUCCGAUCGAGGUGCGGCACCGGAUUUGGUGUGCGGCCGUGCUGCGCGAUUCUUGGGAGGAGUACAACAAAAAUGCCCCCCUGGACAGUAUGCAGAAUAUGCUGUUCUUCAGGCUGAUCGACCUGUGCUACAUCUCGGAUGCGGGCGAGCUGGAAAACUUCCUGCCACCGUUGGAAAGCUUCCUGAACGCGCCGGAGCUGGGCGAUCUAACGCAGAGCAAAUCGUUCCAGUAUCUAAUGAAGCUGGGCUACGAGCACAUCAACGAGUCGUACAGGAAGAAGUAAGCAUUUUUCUCUCGCUGUCGGUUCGGGUAUGUUUAAGGUACUUCUAUUAUUAUUAGGUUGAUAAAGUGUAUUUGUAUGCCACGGUAUUGCAACUAAAUAAAGCGUAUUCAAUUAAACUGUUAA